AUGGCAGCCGCAGACACCACCCUUGGUCAUCCACACUUUUGUGUGGUGACCGUUCUUUUGAUUUUUCUUGUAUGCCAAUCAACAGCUAAUGGUGGGUUCAGUGCCAAGCUUAUCCACCGAGACUCUCCAAAUUCACCAUUCUAUAAUCACUACAAAACUCCUUCCAAGCUUAAGAGACCAAUAUUCUAUCAAAACAGCGCACAAUCACAAGUAAGACCUGACAAUGGCCAGUAUCUUAUGAAGCUCUCGAUUGGAAAUCCUCGGUUCGAUGUUUAUGGCAUUGCCGACACGGGCAGUGAUCUACUGUGGACACAAUGUGCACCCUGUGAUGGCUGCUACAAACAGAUUAAUCCCAAGUUCGACCCCAAACAGUCCUCAACAUAUAGUGACCUUUCUUGUGAUGCACAAGAAUGCAAAGCAAUUGGCACCGGGACAUGUUCGCCGCAACACACUUGCAGCUACAGUUAUGCGUAUGGAGGUGGUGCAUUAACCCAAGGGUUAUUGGCUAAGGAGACAAUUACUAUAACAUCAACAUCAGGGGAAGCAAAUUCCCUGAAAAAUAUUGUGUUUGGUUGUGGACAUAACAAUACUGGGGGUUUUAAUGAAAAUGAAAUGGGAAUAGUUGGCCUGGGAGGAGGCUCCUUAUCACUUGUUUCUCAAUUGGGUCCUUUAGUUGGGGGCAAAAAAUUAUCAUUCUGUUUGGUGCCAUUUCGUACUGAUCCUCGCGUUGAGAGCAAGAUCAGUUUUGGGGAAGGUAGUGAAGUAUCAGGGGAUGGUGUGGUUUCAACACCUUUGGUGUCCAAAGAAGACAAAACCCCAUAUUUUGUGACAGUUGAAGGAAUUAGUGUUGGAGAUAAGCUUGUGCCUUUCAGUUCGUCAGGGAAAGUUUCGAAGGGCAACAUGUUCAUGGACACGGGCACACCUCCCACACUUUUGCCGCAAGAUUUUUAUGACCGCUUGGUGGCAGAAGUGAAAAAUCAGAUCCCAAUGGCACCCAUUGAAAAUGAUCCAAGUUUGGCAACUCAGCUUUGCUACAAUAGCAAGACCAAUCUCGAAGGACCAAUAUUGACUGUGCAUUUUGAGGGUGCUGAUGUGAAGUUGACGCCAACACAGACUUUCAUUUCACCAAGAGAUGAGGUUUUCUGCCUUUCAGCACAGAAUGUCACCAGCGAUGGCGGUAUCUAUGGGAACUUUUUUCAGUCAAAUCUCUUGAUUGGUUAUGACCUAGAAAAAAUGGUGGCGUCCUUUAAGCCGACUGACUGUACAAAAGAAUAA